AGCGCGUUUAAAUUGAAGAAGUAAAUGCUGACUUCCAGGCCAGUUUAUCAUCCGUCCAAGUUAACGUCACAUGGUUUUCCUCUAUACUGUGUGGUUUUAUUUGAUGUUUUGAAGUAUCGGUUUGUGCCCGUCGACCUUUUACGUCCGAAACUUUCUUUCUACCGAAACAAUGAACUCGGACGUGGAGGAGUUGAUGCCGAGGCUGCUGCCUGUGGAGUUCGGAGUCAAGUCAGAGGCGCUGGAUCUGAGCGGACCUCCGAGAAACCCGCAGGAAUAUCUCCGACAAGUGCAGUUGGAGGCAUCACUGUGUCCAGAGGUUGUAGUUGCUCAGAUUGACCCAAAGAAACUAAAACAACCAACCGUGCAUGUGUCUGUGUUAGGACUUCAUGCUGCACCCACAGGUCUGUGCCCCAGCCUCAGUUGGCAGCAACAACAAGUCAGUAACUUCUCAGAUGUCAGACAGAGAAUCGCAAAGAACAGGACACGCUGGAGCAGCCAGACUCUGGACAACAACAUGACCAUGCCAGAUCUAACAGAUGAAGAGGGCUGGAAGAGGUUUUGUUUAGGAGAGAGGGUCUGUGUUGGCGACUCAAUCUGUGACACAGAAGUGGAAGCAGAGCCAGGGGUUGACUACAACAAGGUGGGCUUCCCUCCCUUCCUCAGCAUCGUUAGCAGGUUAAACCAGACCACAGUUUUAAUGUUGUUGGAAAUUCUUACGAGCUGGUUUACAGACAAAGACUUCAUUCCACAGCUGGGUUGCUGGUUGUUUGCUUUGUUAGCCUGUCUAGAAAAGCCUUUAAUACCUGAGGCCCACUCCUGCAUCAGACAGCUGUCCAGAAGAUGUGCCCAACUCCGCAGCGCACUGGAGAGCAAGGACGAUGAAAAACUGCCUGCACUCAAUCUGCUCAUCUGUCUUGUUGCCAGGUACUUUGAACAGAAUGAUUUGGCCGACCAGCCGGAGUGAAGAAAAACUGACCCAAACCAUAGGAUUUUUAAAUGUUUUAGUGAUUUCACAUCCAAGUGAGUCAUUACAGUAAAGUUGUGGUGAGACCACAGCAACACGAAAAUGCCAAAAGAUGGAACUCAACACAGCCAAGCUGAACUGUAUUAUGUGAGAGAUUAACAGGGCGUUUUUAUAUUUGAUCUGCAUUUGGUUAUGAACUGUUUAUUUGAAAAUGUUAAUAAAGUAAUUUGAAUUCUGAAAAA